AUGACAGCUGAAGAGGUCGAUAAGGAAUCAGAUCCUGCAAUAGAAGAUGUUAAAUCGGAUUAUGACGCAAUUGAACUUGGGAAUGAGAAUGAGAAUGAGAAUGAGGUUGUAUCAUUGGAUUCAAUGAAGGCAGUUAUAUCCAGGGCUUCUAGCGAGCUUAAGCACGAAAAUGAUCAAGGUGAGGAGCGUGAUUUGGGUAGUGUUGAGAAAGAUCCGAUUCUUGAGAGGUAUCAUGCAGCGUGCAAACAAGGUGAUAUGAAAACUCUACGCGAAAUGGUGGAAUCGAAAGUGAUUGAUUUAUCGAAUGAUUAUGACCCCAAGGAACGUGUAUCUGGACUACAUUGGGCAUGUAUUAACAACAGAUUGUCUGCAGUUAAGUAUCUAGCUGGUGCAGGUGCAGAAGUAAAUUUUAAAGGCGGCGAACUUGACGCGACGCCUCUACAUUGGGCAUCCAAGUCCGGUUUAGUGUACAUUGUGGAUGAGCUCUUGAAAGCCGGUGCAGAUCCUAAUAUUACCGAUAGCCAGGGCUACAAUUUACUUCAUACAAGCGUUUUCUCAUCCAAUAUCAUGUUAGUGAUAUAUGUCCUUUUUUUCGUCGUUGAUGGGAAAGAGGAUGUGGAUCAACCAGAUCCGCACCAAAGAACUGCAUUGCAGUGGGCCACUUACCAGGCAGAUGCGUUGACUGUGGAAAAUCUACUUAAGUUUAACGCAGAUGUCAAGAACGCAGAUGAUGCUGGUUUUACUGCUUUACAUUGGGGUACUGUGAAGGGAAGUAUUCCUGUUAUGGAUCUCUUGAUUAAACAUGGAUCAGAUUUCUUCCAGACUACCAACGAUGGUAAAAACUGCUUCACAAUAGGGAAAGAAUUGUAUUCUAUUGGCAGCCUUGAAGCAUCUUUGUACAAGAAUGGAUUCGAUAAAAAUGGAUUCCCUUUGCCCCAAUAUUUUUCUGCUAGUACUGGGAAAAUGCUAACAUUCUUCUUGCCAUGGGUUUUGAUUCCAUUAGUGUUUUACAUCUUUUCUAAAAUAACUUUCUUCAUUGCGCUCUUGAUCAAUACAAUAGUAUUGGUUAUUUCUGGCUUAGUUCUAUCAAGACUCGUUGUUCCAUCGUACCUUCUUUCCAAGAGACACCCUAUACUUAACUCACCUUUACUAGCGGGUAUCUUGUCUGGUACAAUAGCUAUAGCCUUCUUCAUUUGGUUUACGAAAAUAUCGAUAUUGACAUUUACGGAGAAACCUGUCGGUAACAUUAUCAUGCUAGGCUUCUUCAUCGGGUUAAUCACUCUAUUUAUUGGUCUUAUGAAGUCAGAUCCUGGGUACAUUCCUGGAACUGUAGACCAUGACAAAGUUAGAGAGACCAUUAAAGAGCUAUUAUCAUUGGGAAAAUUUGAUGCCAAACACUUCUGUGUUCAUACUUGGAUCAGAAUCCCUCUUAGAUCGAAAUAUGACAGAGAUUCUGCCUGUCUAAUAUCGGCAUUUGAUCAUUUUUGUCCAUGGGUUUACAACCAAAUUGGUUUAUUGAAUCACAAGUUGUUUUACAUGUUUGUAGUGCUGUUGGAAAUAUCAGUAUGGUGGUUCUUACCUCUCAUGAUGGAAUAUUUUGAUGAAUUGGAAGACUAUUUAGAGAAUAGAAAGGGUAAACAUUUUGGAGAUUGCCAUUUUCUAGGAGACGAAGAUCUAUGUUUCGGGUUACAUCAUGAUACAUUCAAUUUUCUUUUACUGUGUUGGGUUAUAUUCCAAGCCUUUUGGGUACUGUGUUUGAUAGCAGUUCAAACUGUACAGAUGUUGAAGGGCGUUACGGAUUACGAAUUUGUUCAAAUAAAUAAGAAGCUAAAAUCUAACGGAACUACCACGGAAGAUAUCUUCAGCUCAACCCCACCAGAACUUAUGAGUGAAGAAUUGAUUGCUGAGCUAGAUGCUCCCGCAUUGGAUCCAAGACAAGUACCUCAAAGGACGUGCUUCACAGUUUGCUGUACUUUGCUAGGUCUUGACAAAUUGGUGACAAUGAUAAAAUCAGUACUCCGUCUGAAGUCAGAUGAACCUUCUUCUCGUUCAUCCCACCUCAGUGCACUAGCACGUAUCCCUACCGAUUACGGGUGGAAGCAGAAUUUGAAAGAUUUCUGGCUACUACCUGAUACUUCAUCACCAUUAUGGAGGAGAAUAUUGCUACCUCCAAAGGACAGUCAUGCACUAUUAAAUGGAAUGGAAGUGGACUAUUACACUCUAUAUACAUUACCAAAUGCUACCGAAGAGCUUGUAUGA